AUGCGUCGUGCCGCAGCGGCCAAAGCCGCACCUGGAGGGAAGAACGGCAGCCUGGGCGGUGAGCCCUUGGAACUGGAGAAGCUUCCACCGCAGGACCGAUGCGCCUCUGAGCUGCAGCUCCAUAGCUUGCGGAAGAGCAAGAUCCAAGCGCUGUUGAAGAACGCCUACGCAGGGGUCGAGAUCUACGGCCGCGAAUGGGGGUACCACUUCACCGAGCAGGACCUCAGCGGCAUCUCUGAAUGCGAACCGCGGCGCUGUGCGGAUCGCCUGUACCGAGUGACUUUGGAACUGGGCCAAAGCAGCCGGAGCGAAGAGGAGGUCUUGGUGCUGGUGAAUCGCAUGUCGCGAUGCUGGAGGGGCCCUGAAUACAACGUGGUUCACAACAACUCCCUGGACUUCGCCGAUGCGCUCUGCGACGCCCUGGGCGUGGGAAAGCUGCCUCGCACGGAGGCACACGCAGAAGAACGCAAGGGACUGCAGGAAGUGCGUUGUUCCUUGAAGCAAUUGGGUUUACCCACCUUCGACAGCCUCCUCUCCUUCUUCGGCGCAGCGCCAGCGCCGGCGCCAACGCAACCGCUGCAGCACUUCUGCCGGCCCUGCGGCGACGACGUGGAUGUGAACGUCUUCAUACCUCCUCGCUACGAGGGCACCACAGGCACCACACUGAGCAGAGCGCCUUCGAUGGAGCUGGAAAUCGCGAUGAGUCUGGCACAGGAACGCUGGGCUGCUUCACCGCGCGCGGCGCCGGCGGUGCAGAAAUUUCACUGGCGGCCAUCGGUGGGCACUUGGCUGAUACGACGAGGCGCAUGGCGACAUGGUUUAUAUAAGUGA